AUGCAUCGUCUUUUUACUGAGCUGGAGCCAUCUAUUACUGUCACCGAGCAAAACCUGGCAGACCGAGUUCGGUAUAUCUUACGCUCAAAUAUAUUUGAUGGCGCCGAACUCGAACGGCUACGACGUGAGGCUGUUCCCUCAUCAAAUGAAAACGCUACGACUGAGAGUGCGGUGCCACAAGUUGCAGAAGAACCCGCACACGUGGAUGCCGCCGAGAAUACCCCAGUGGUUGCUGAUUCAAAUGAUGAUGGAACAUUCACCCAGGAACUAGAAAUAGAGCAAAUGAGGAGUACAUUGGAAGAGGCGAUUAUGGAAACGCGCAGUACGCCUCUCGAAAAUCGACCGCGACUUCCCCCGCAUAGCCCUAAGCAAGCGGAAUCGGGCUGUCGUGAGGGCUCUGAACCCAAUGCUGGUGACCUAUUUGGAAGCCAGCCGGGACCUUUGCGAGACGGACUCAAUUCUCUUUGGCGCCGCACUGGCAGUCUGCCGUAUUAUAGGCGCCAAACUUUCCACGGCUGGACGCACUACUGGACAAAGUAG